UUCUAAUAUAUAUUUUUUUCAUCUUCAAUUUCAAUUUCAUCUUCAAAAAAACUAAUAGAAGUAAUAGAAAUAAUAAUAAUAAGAAUAUGCUCUCUAUGUAUAUCUAUUCAAUGCUUGAACAGAUAUAAAUAUAUACAUUUUGCGUAAUGUAUAGUAAACUGUGUAUACAUGUCAAAAUUUAUGGUAGUUUAUUCAUUGUUUACUAUCGUGUGUAAGAAUUGUGGUUUUUAGUACUAUUUUUAGGGACUAUGCAGGAAUAUCCUUACGUGUUAUCAGAAUAUGAGGAAAUAAAUCCUCUUCUUUAUAAACCUAUCAAUUCAACUCAACGAAUUAAGUAUACAUGUUUUAAUGUAUCCUCUAAUUAUAUUUUAUUGGGUUCAACCAGUGGCAGUAUUUAUCUAUUUUCAAGAAAACCAUGUUCCUUUAUACAAUUAAUACCUUUAUCGGAAGGAAUAGUUUCUCGUAUUCUCAUAUCACCUGAUGAGAAAACAAUUGCUUUGACAACAGCUCGUGGUAUAGUUUGUCUAGUAGUAUUAAAACCAACACCGAAAUUGAUAGCCAUAUCAACUGAGCAUAUUCAUAAACAAAUUAACUGCCUUUGUUGGAAUGAUAAUAGCUCUGAAGUAUAUAUUGGUGAUGAAAAUGGAAAAAUUUCUGUUUUGGUGCUAUCUAUAUUUACAGUGAAUGGUAUAUUUCAAGCACCAGCCUGUACAUUAAUGAAUUUAGAUUCAGCUAUUGUGCAACUUAAUUUCUCAUCACCUUUAUUGUUAGUAUCAACGCUGACUCGUUGUUAUAUAUGUGAUACAGUACAAGAACAAUAUAAACAAAUAGGAAAUAAAGCACGAAAUGGAGAAUUUGGUGCCUGUUUCUAUAAAACAUAUGUUACAAAAAAUAAAAAUACUUUGAUUAACCAGAAAGAAGAAAAAGUAAUCAAUAAAAAAGGUUCCUUUAACUUUAUUGUAGAAAGUAACAGUAAAAUACAAGAAGAAGAAAACUUUAUUCAAAUUUUUUGUGCUCGACCAGGAUCUAGACUUUGGGAAGUAUCUGCAAAUGGAAUAGUUAUGAAAACCCAUCAAUUUAAAGAAGCAUUUGCUAUUUCACCAACAUUGAUAUGUAAAUCAAACAUUAGAAAAUCUAAUUAUCAGAAACAAGUUGAACAUACCUGGUUACCACAAUCUAUAAAUUUUUCCCAUCUAUUUAUUAUUGCAGAAAAGUACUUAUUUUCAUAUACUUCUACUGGCCUAUAUAUUAUUGAUCCUAUGACUGCAACUGUAAUUCUAUGGAAUAAUGAAUUUUCAAAUAUAAACUUUGCAGAAACUAUAGACAACAAUAUAUAUUUGAUGACUUCUAAUGGUGAAUUCCAUUGUUUAAUUUUAUCUUCUUUAGAUUCUCUAAUAUUGCGAUUAUAUAAUAAAAAGAAAUAUUACGAAUGUUUAGAAAUAUGCCUCAUAUAUAAACUACAAUUAAAAAAAUUAAUCGAUAACACUGAAAUUAACGAUAUUUGUGAUAUAGAGACUAAGUUACAAAUAUUUAAAGAUGAUGAAUUGUUUACAUUAUUACAUCCUUUAAUAUUUUUAUUAGAAUCUAAUUUAAAAAUGAUUCCAAAAAAAUUAGAUUCAGGUAUUGUAGUUGUUAAUUGUGGAAAUUCAAAUUUUAAAGAUGAAGAAACUUUUAUGCUUCAUCCUGUAUCUCAUUGUUCUUUACAAGAUAAUGAAGAUCUUUUCAAAAUAGAGAUGGAAACAUCGAUCAAUUUAUUAAAUGAUUCUGAUAAAAAAGUAAAAAAAGAUGAAGAUGCAAAUUAUACAUCAAAAGAAGUAGAAGAAAGUCAAAAUGAAACUGGAGAAUUGAAUACCAAUAAAAGUGUAACACAAAAAAUACAAGAAGAUUUGCAAAUUAUAUAUGCUUUAGUUGAUAAUAUUAAAUCUUCAAUAGAAGAAGAAGAAUUAGAAAAAAUAAUUCUGGAUAUAGAUUGGAAUAUGAAUGUUAUCAAAGAUUCAUAUCAAAACUUGACUGAUUUAAAGAACUUUAUGUAUGAAGUAUUAAGAAGCGUAGAACUACAUUAUUUUAAUGUUCUGUUAGAAAAUAUUUCAAUACAAUUAAUACAAACUGUAGAUAAUGAAAAUAUUAUAAAACAAAUAAUAAAAGCUUUUGUAAAUGUGAAUAUACAAAGCAAAAGGUGUACCUGUGGUAGUCCAUAUCCAAUAAAUGAACUCAUAGAACCAAAGUUCCUAGACAUUGGUAGAUCUCUUCUUAAAAAAAUGUUAGAUGAAUAUGAAGAACAAUGUAUAAUAUUAUGUAAUAAAGUACCUUACAUGUGGCGAGAAUACUUGCCAUUAUAUGUAGAACAACAUAAUAUAUUAACAAAUGAUUUAGUGCAUCAAUGUCUUCAAGCUAGAGAUAAUAUUUUAUUUUCCAUUCUUUUACCUUUAUUAGAUGGAAAACAUUGGAGUCUUAUAGCAACAUAUGCAAAAGAAAUUCAGCAAGGACAGUGCCUAUUCUGUGGAAAGUCUAUAAAAAAAGAAAAUCAUGAAGAAUUGAUAAAUUGGACUGCUGUGAUAUAUGAAAUCAUGAAAAAACAGGGACCUGAUAUUGCCAUGACAUUACUAAUGAAAUUAGAAAAAGCUAUUCCAAAUAUUCCUAUAGAUAGAAGUAUAUUUCAAUCAUUAAUAUUUACAAAACUUUUAUAUCAACAUGGAAUGAAGUAUACUAUUAAUUUUGAUAAACAUAAUCUGGAAUCAUCUAAAUAUAAUACAAUAUGUUCCACAAAGAUUCGAGAUCAGCUAGUAGAAGUUCUUCAAAAAGAUUUAAAUAAAUCAAUUAAUAGAAAUAUUUUUGAAAAUGGAGCUCAUCAUUGGGGAAUGUAUUAUCAGAAUAAAUUAUCUACAUGUUCUUGCUGCACAUUAUCUCUUCAAACACCAGUUUUAUUAGGUAAUAAUGGAAUUGCAAUUUUUGAUUGCGGCCACGCUUAUCAUGUAAAUUGUAUGAUAGAAAAAAAACUUACCGCUUGUAAUCUUCAUUCUUAAUUAUAUAUGCAUAAAAAACAUAGAUAAAUCUUAUUAAAAAUAGUAAGUUUAGCUCAUAUAGAAUAGUCUUCAAAAUAAAAUAUAUCUAGUCAUUAAAAAAUUUGUUUAUGCAUAUUUAUAUAAACAUAUAAACAUAUAAAUUUAUUCGAAAUAUAAAUUGUUAAUCACAGAUAAAUAUCAUUAACAAUAAAAUUGAAUUAUAAUAUAAUUUAAUUUGAAUUGUUGAAAAAAUUCUGUCAAAUACAUUUUGUUUGUAUAUUUAAAAAAUAAAAAUUACAAAUUAAUUUUUGUAUAAAAGAAGAAUACAAAAAAAAUAAUAUUGAAAAUAUAGUAAACAAAAACUUAUAUAAUAAAUAAAAUAUUUGAAAUUAUUAAAAUAAAUUAUAACAAAAUAAUUUAAGCUAAUUAUUUUUUAUUAUUAUUGUUAUAUUUAAAAAAAAUUUUUUUCAUUCUAAAAAAAUAUGCUAUUUUAUAUUUAUAUAUAUAUAUCACAUAAUUUGUACUUUUGACAAUUGUAUAUGCAAUAUAAAAAAUUUUAAUUUCAGUUUAACACUUACCUUAUUUAAUAUAUUUACUACUUAAUUCGCAAAAAUGUAUGCAGUAUGAGGCAUUAAAAUCAUGUAUUUUAAAAGAUCAUCUAAAUUGUUUCAAAUGACUUGUGUAAAUAUUUUUAAAAACUUAUAUGAAUAAUCUAUAAAUAUAAUUUAUAUAAAUAUAUACAAUUAUUAAAUUAAUUUUACAAUAAA